CUUUUUAACCUUUCGACUCAUCCGUUGAUAUUUUGCUUAGGUUAGGGUUUCUUCUCCAAAAGCGAAAUCUAGGGUUUGGUACAAACUCUGGGGUUUGGUUUCUGAUGGCAGAAGCAUUCUAGGGAGAGAUUGGUACAGAAGUUUCUAGAGAGAGAUUGGUGCAAAUUUUGUUGAGAUAGAGAGAGAGAAUGGCUGGAGGGUGUGCUUUCUUGAACAGGUUGAUCUCUUAUGUUGUGAACGAGGUCGUGGUUAGAGGCUUAGCCAACAGUCCUACCUUUCAAAGGUUUGCAGUGCGUACUUCAAAGACAAUAGAGGAUGUCUCAGCCAAAGCUAUCCAGAAGAGGCUUCAAUUUGAAGAGCAAAUGAGGGAAUUGUCCAAGUCUUUUGAGUCGGGCAAAAGGUGAAGGGGAGAGAGAUGGUGAUGCCAUUUGAUUAUAUAGAUGGUGCAAAGCGAAAUAAAUGCUGUUGCAUGCAUUUUGUGCUCCGGAUCCUUUGAAUGUACAUUUGUUGUAGAAAUACUGAUUACAUAACUGUGUAUGUGUAUAGUAAAGAAAACAAGAGAUCCAGUCACUUUGAUUUGUUUUAUGCGCGGACUAAAUUUACUUUAUUUGGCCAUUUUUGAGCUCUUGUUAAUGUUUUUUAAAGUGAAUAUCGGCUUGAUUCAAGAUUAUCAAAA